CUCACCCAAUCUUGCUAGUGGUAGCUAGCACGUUAUCUAAUACGGAUGCAUUACUCACAGACGACGUUACAAUUUGCGGAAAAUGACACCAAGGCAAACGGAUACGGUGUUUUUAAAAGUGUUUUUCCUCUGAACACGACUAGCAAACUGCAGCCGCGAUGGAUUAACCUACUCGGCCGACUUCUCAGCUUAAUGUCGUGAACGUCAAUGUUAGCUGCGCAACGGGGCUGUGGUAGCUAAGCUGAUAUUAGCUGCUGGUGCUUCAAUGAAUGGGGGGGUUGUGGGAUGCUUCACACAACAAUGUACGCUUGCUAACGCGAGCAAUCCUCCUCGUUGUGCUCCAACUUGGCACAAAUGCUCGGAGAAGCAGCUGAAGCUUCGCUACGGGACUUUACCAACCGUGGAUAACUUUUGUUGAAAAUGCAUCAUCACGAAGAAAUCCGGCACUUAUCCAGGCACCUAAACGUAGCCGCAGCAGUAGCAGCAGCAGCAGCGUUAGCUUGAAGAAUCAUAACAUUGCAGCCGGCGACUUUUUGUUUUUGCUUUGUGAUUCCAAAACUUAUUGAUUUUUUUUAAUUUUUUUUUUAACGCGCAUUAUCCAUGCCUGAAGUCUUUCUGAAGCUGUCGUCUUUGAGCAACACAAUGAUGGCGUUUCCAGCUGACCCUGCCCUCCGUCCCAGGUAGGGGAGUGGUGGUGAAGACUCCCCCGGCCUUUGCCUGGCCAAGGCCCGCCGAUUCCGGAUCUGAAAACAACCAUCAACCCCUUGUUGUUAUAUUCAUGCAUUUACUUUCAAAAUCACAUUAUGAUUUUUGGCAUCGCGACUGGGAUCAUUAAAGUGAUUUUUGUCGGCGUGGAGAUUUGAAUUUGAGGGGAUCAUGGUGGACACGGAAGAAGAAGUGCCCCAGAAUUAUUGGAUGGACUUUUGAGCACACACACACAAAAAAAAAAAAAAAAAUACACACAUUCAUUUUUAGCGCGUUUAAUUGUCGGAAGACUUUGUGUUACACUGAACAUCACCACAACUAUGUCAGCGUUUGCCGAGUUCGUCCCCCCGCCUGAAUGUCCUGUUUUUGAGCCGAGUUGGGAGGAUUUCUCGGAUCCUCUCGGAUUCAUCAACAAGAUCCGUCCAAUCGCAGAGAAAACUGGCAUCUGCAAGAUCCGACCCCCGGAGGACUGGCAGCCUCCCUUCGCCUGUGAUGUGCGCAACUUCCGCUUCACUCCACGAGUGCAAAGGCUGAAUGAGCUCGAGGCACUUACCCGGGUUAGGCUCAACUUUCUGGAUCAAAUUGCGAAGUUCUGGGAGCUGCAGGGAUCCAAAAUUCGAUUCCCCCAUGUGGAGAGAAAGGUUCUGGACCUCUAUCAGCUCAGCAAGAUUGUGUCAUCAGAGGGAGGCUUCGAGAUAUUGUGUAAGGAGAAGAGGUGGUCCAAGGUAGCCAGCCGAAUGGGCUUCCCCUCAGGCAGAGGAACGGGCUCACUUCUGCGCUCCCACUAUGAGAGGAUCCUUUACCCGUAUGAGCUCUUCCAGUCUGGAGCCACGCUGACUGGCAUCCAGCGACUAUAUGAUGAUGGGGAUGAUGGGGAAGAACUGGAUGAGGGCGUUGGUGAGGAGACAGUGGAAGAAGAGGAGCAAGAUGAGGAGGUGGAGAGGGAGAAAGAUGUGGAGGGUGACGCAACGCAAACCAAAGACCAGCUUCUGCCUGAGAGACGCUCCAGGCGCCUGAAGUCGGAGAGAGAAAACAAGGAGCCAAAAGGCCUGAAAAUCUUUGGUUCAAGUCCCAAGAUGGUUGGAUUAGAGAUUGUACCAGCCGAUGAUGGAUUCAACAAGAAGCAGCGUCACCUCAAAGCUCAGGCCUUCGCCAUCAAAAUGAGACCACGCAAGGAGACCUUAGAGGUCAACUUUAUCGACCUCUACCUGUGCCUGGUGUGUGGGCGGGGCGACGAAGAGGACCGCCUGCUGUUGUGUGACGGCUGUGAUGACAGCUACCACACCUUCUGCCUCAUCCCACCCCUACAGGACGUGCCCAAGGGGGACUGGCGCUGCCCUAAGUGUGUAGCUGAGGAGUGCAGUAAGCCCAGGGAGGCAUUCGGCUUCGAGCAGGCAGUAAGAGAAUACACUCUGCAGAGCUUUGGAGAAAUGGCCGACCACUUCAAGUCGGACUACUUCAACAUGCCUGUUCACAUGGUCCCCACGGAGCUGGUGGAGAAGGAGUUCUGGCGCCUGGUCAGCAGCAUCGAGGAGGAUGUCAUCGUGGAGUACGGAGCUGACAUCAGCUCCAAGGAAGUGGGCAGCGGAUUCCCUGUCAGGGACGGUAAAAGGAGGCUGCUGGGCGAUGAAGAGGAGUACGCAAACUCAGGCUGGAACCUGAAUAACAUGCCAGUGCUGGAGCAGUCAGUGCUCACACACAUCAACGUGGACAUCUCGGGUAUGAAGGUGCCCUGGCUCUACGUGGGCAUGUGCUUCUCCUCAUUCUGCUGGCACAUCGAGGACCACUGGAGUUACUCCAUCAACUUCCUGCACUGGGGCGAACCAAAGACCUGGUACGGUGUUCCGGCCUCUGCAGCAGAGCAGCUGGAGGCUGUGAUGAAAAAACUGGCCCCAGAGCUGUUUGACUCCCAGCCUGACCUCCUGCAUCAGCUGGUCACCAUCAUGAAUCCUAAUGUCCUCAUGGAGCAUGGUGUCCCUGUGUAUAGGACCAAUCAGUGUGCAGGGGAGUUUGUGGUGACCUUCCCCAGAGCCUACCACAGCGGUUUCAAUCAGGGUUACAACUUUGCAGAGGCAGUGAACUUCUGCACAGCCGACUGGUUACCGAUGGGUCGUCAGUGUGUUGCCCAUUACAGACGCCUCCAUCGCUACUGCGUCUUCUCCCACGAGGAGCUGCUGUGCAAGAUGGCUGCCGAUCCGGAAAGCCUCGACGUGGAACUGGCCGCAGCCGUCUGCAAGGAAAUGGGAGAUAUGAUGGAGGAGGAGACAAAACUAAGACAAGCUGUGCAAGAAUCAGGGGUUCUGUCCUCAGAGCAGGAGGUUUUUGAACUUUUACCUGACGACGAGCGGCAGUGUUAUAAAUGUAAGACGACCUGUUUCCUCUCUGCACUGACCUGUUCCUGCAGCCCCGAACGGCUGGUCUGUCUCCACCAUGCUGCAGACCUCUGCGACUGUCCACAUGGCAACAAGUGCCUUCGGUAUCGCUAUGAUCUGGAGGAGUUUCCCUCCAUGCUAUACGGGGUUAAGACGCGGGCCCAGUCGUACGACACCUGGUCCAAAAGGGUCAGCGAGGCCUUGGCUGCCGACCAGAAAAACAAAAAAGAUCUUAUCGAGCUCAAGGUGUUGCUGGAGGACGCAGAGGACAGGAAGUAUCCCGAGAAAGCUUUGUUCCGUCGCCUGAGGGAGAUGGUCAAAGAGGCCGAGACGUGCAGCUCUGUAGCUCAGCUGCUCCUCAGCCGCAAGCAGAGGCACAGUAGCCGCCUGCGCUCUGAGAGCAGUCGCAACCGUACCAAACUAACCGUGGAUGAACUCAAGGCCUUUGUGGAUCAGCUCUUCAGACUGCCCUGCAUCAUCAGCCAGGCCCGACAAGUCAAGGAGUUACUGGAGAACGUGGAGGACUUCCAUGAGCGAGCCCAGGUGGCGAUGUCAGACGAGAUGCCUGACUCCUCCAAGCUGCAGGCGCUGUUAGACCUCGGUAGCGGCCUUGACGUUGAGCUGCCAGAGCUGCCCCGCCUUAAACAGGAGCUCCAGCAGGCCCGCUGGCUCGACGAGGUUCGAAUCACCCUCGCUGAGCCUCACCGAGUCACCCUGGAGCUGAUGAAGAGGCUGAUAGACUCUGGGGUGGGUCUGGCUCCCCACCACGCGGUGGAGAAGGCCAUGGCUGAACUGCAAGAGAUCCUGACUGUGUCAGAGAGAUGGGAAGAUAAGGCCCGCGCAUGCCUGCAGGCCAGGCCUCGACACAGCAUGGUGACCUUGGAGAGCAUUGUUUUGGAAGCUAGGAACAUCCCUGCGUACCUGCCUAAUAUUUUGGCACUCAGAGAGGCCCUACAGAAGGCAAAGGAGUGGACAUGCAAGGUGGACGCCAUUCAGAGUGGCAGCAGCUACGCGUACCUGGAGCAGCUCGAGAGCCUGUUGGCGAGAGGUCGCUCCAUACCUGUCCGGCUUGAUCCUCUGACCCAGGUGGAGUCUCAGGUGGCUGCAGCUCGAGCCUGGAGGGAGAGGACCGGUCGCACCUUCCUCAAGAAGAACUCAACGUACACUCUGCUGCAGGUCCUCAGCCCCCGUUUGGAUAUCGGAGUCUACGGCAACAGCAAGAGCAAAAGGAAACGCGUGAAGGAGCUCAUGGAGAAGGAGAGAGGAGGCUUCGAUCCAGACACGCUGAGUGACCUGGAGGACAACCAGGAAGAGGUGCGCGACCCUUCCACUGUUGUCGCAGCCUUCAAAGCCAAAGAGCAAAAAGAAGUGGAGGCCAUCCACUCUCUGCGCGCUGCCAAUCUCGCCAAGAUGGCCAUGGCCGACCGCAUCGAGGAGGUCAAGUUCUGCUUGUGUCGAAAGACCGCCAGUGGAUUUAUGUUGCAGUGCGAACUUUGUAAAGACUGGUUCCACGGAGCUUGCGUGCCACUGCCUAAGACGGGAACUCAGAAGAAAGUGGGUGUUGGUUGGCAGAGCAACAGCAAAGACUCUAAAUUCCUGUGUCCGCUUUGUCAGCGGUCGAGGAGGCCUAGAUUAGAGACCAUCCUGUCACUGCUGGUGUCACUUCAAAAGCUGCCGGUGCGUCUGCCCGAAGGGGAAGCCCUCCAGUGUUUGACUGAGAGGGCAAUGAGCUGGCAGGACCGAGCACGUCAGGCUCUGGCCACGGAGGAGUUGUCCUCAGCGCUGGCAAAGCUGUCUGUGCUGAGCCAGCGCAUGGUGGAGCAGGCUGCGAGGGAGAAAACUGAAAAGAUAAUCAAUGCGGAGCUGCAGAAAGCUGCUGCCAACCCUGACCUGCAGGGCCACAUCCAGACGUUUCAGCAGUCGGGUUUCAGCAGAGCCACAUCCCCUCGCCAGUCCGUGGACUACGACGAUGAGGAGACGGACUCGGACGAGGACAUCAGGGAGACUUACGGUUAUGAUAUGAAGGACCCAGGCGAGGUGAAGCCCUACCUGUUUUGUGAUGAAGAGAUUCCUGUUAAGUCUGAGGAGGUGGUGAGUCACAUGUGGCCUGCCGCCACGCCCUCAUUCUGUGCCGAGCACGCCUACUCUUCAGCCUCCAAGUCUUGUGUGCAAAACAUCAGCACUCCCAGGAAGCAGCCCAGGAAGACCCCUCUAAUACCUCGCAGCCUGGAGCCGCCCGUGCUGGAGCUUUCCUCGCAGGCCAAGGCCCAGCUGGAGGACCUGAUGAUGCUGGGAGACCUGCUGGAGGUAUCCCUGGACGAGACCCAGCACAUCUGGAGGAUCCUGCAGGCCACGCACCCGCCCUCCGAGGAGCGGUUCCUGCAGGUCAUGGAGCCCGAUGACUCGCUAAUGGACAAGCCCCUGAAGCUCAAGCUAAAAGAUUCAGAGAAGAAGAGGAAAAGGAAGCUAGAAAGAGCCGAGCACCACCACAUGAUGAUGGCUGCAGCAGUCGCCGCAGGUGGAGCUUCUGGAAUGGGGGACAUGCGACCAGCCAAGUCCAAGGAGCUGAAAAGGGUGGGUCUGGAACUGGGUCUUGGUGGCAAACCCAAGAAGAAGAAACUCAAACUCAACUUGGACAAAAACCGGGAAAUGAAGCAGCUGGCUAAACGGUUAGCUAAGGAGGAGAAGGAGAGGAAGAGAAAGGAGAAGGCAGCGGCCAAGGCGGAGGCCAUCAGAGAGGGACUAGAGAAGAGGAAGGAGAAGAAGAUUCUGGACAUUCCCUCAAAGUACGACUGGUCCGGGGCCGAGGACUCCAAUGAUGAGAAUGCUGUGUGUGCAGCCAAAAACUGCCAGAGACCCUGUAAAGAUAAGGUGGACUGGGUGCAGUGCGACGGCGGCUGCGACGAGUGGUUCCACCAGGUGUGCGUGGGCGUGUCCUGCGAAAUGGCCGAGAGCGAGGACUACAUCUGCAUGGACUGCUCCCGGAAGGCCGCCGGGGUCAGCGUGGGCGGCGUAGGGAUGACCGUGGAGGAGGUGGUGGCGACCGAGGAGAGCGUCGUGGUGAUGGCGACGUCGAUGUGCGGCGGGGGCGCGCAGAGUCUUCUUCCGGGGUCUGUCGUGACCUCGUGGUCCUCCUCUGCUCAUCUUAACCCAGCAAUGACUCAUCAGCAGGAGCCUCAGCCGGGCAGUUAGCACUAAAAAAACAACAAAAAAAACAAUGCCUAGGACUGAGAUUGAAUACUGUACCUCAUAUAAUGAGCAUCCCACAAAACCUAGACUCCAGGCUAGAGCUCUAACCUCCCAAACUGACUCUACAGCCUCUGGGGGGGGGUCAGAAAGGGAUAAAGCAACCUUUUUUUUAAACGAGCCCUGAAGGAGAGACAAAUAACACGACCUUCGGAUUUAAGAGCACAAGCAGAAAGAGUAAAAGAGAAUUUGUAUGCAGGAGACGGAGAAGACGAGAGUCCUACUGUCACCGUGUGGCUUCAGAAAUGACACCCUUCCUCCCCGAGCACUGCCAUACAUUGACAUGGUUCUGAUUACACAGACAAAGUGAAGUCCUGCUGCAAACAGUCUCAGGGGCAAAACAUUCACCUGCCACUUCCUGGUCCACCCCCUGAACAAUAAACAAGUCAUGGUACACUUACUUAUAGUCAAACAAACACCCUCUUAGUCCAGCUGUUGUGUUCAGUGCAAACAGGUAGAUAAACAGACGUGUCAUCCCUGUUGUGUCAUAAAUGGACAUCCUGAGCCGCUCUCAUCUCGCCCAUCUCUCUCCCCAGCACUGCAGACAGUAACAAGUCAAUAUGUAGGAGUCCAGACUAGGAAAUACAAAUGGCUGUAAUGUAGUGGAAUUAUUUAUAAUGUACAUACUUUUAAGCAAUUAAAAGAAAUGGAUUGUGGCUUUUUUUUCUCACCUUUAAUAAACUAUUCCUAGUCAAAUGAU